UAAUGGCGGAAGUCAAAACUUACAAAGUUUUGCUGUCAACAAAGUUCAUUUUCUCACUUCCAAAAGGAUUCUAACGCAUAACAUUCCAUGAUAUUUUUUCAAGGAGUAAAUUGAAGACAAACUUUACGCAUACCUAUCUUUAUAAAGCAUUUGUUGCAAGUUGUCAUUUGGUUUUUGAUAUCAGAAGCCGGCCACACCUCAAGUCACAGUGUAUUGCUGUGUACAUUCUCCUGUACAUUUUGUGUGUAUUGAAACUUUAUGUGUACUGUGCAAUGUCACGGUCAAUGUGCAGUGAGUGAAUCAUUACCCAUGUGAAUCACAUAUCUAAUAGGAUAUAGUAUGCUUGUGAACAACCUUCUGCUUUAUUUGGACAACUUUUGCAUCGUUAAUCCAGGAGUGGCAGGACUUUUUUGGUCACCUUGUGACUGGUGUUUGACAAUCAUUCAUUGUGAAUGAUUGAAUCAAUCGGCAUUUGUCGGCUCACUUUAUCAAGUUGAUUUUCGGGGUGACAACAGCAUACCAGUAACAGUGUUGUACGCCAACAGUUAUUUCAAUAACCUGUAUGAAUGACCAGACAGAUCAGUGAUUGUGAUUGAGGUGUUUACUACUUUUGUGUUGUGAUCAACGUAUUCACUUCAAAAAUGGAGCGUGGAAAAAGUCAAGACAAGGGAGCAACUAGAACUAGCUUUUUUGGAAAGUUAGGCGGAGGCAAAGAAAAGAAGUCUGAGAAGCAUCGCCCGAGUACUACCCCGGCCAGCCGUGGUCCCAAUAAUGACGACAAUGGGGAUCCUCUGGAAGAGCAUUAUAAUCAGUUCAGCGAUGACGAAAUUAAUGAAAAAUUUGAGCAGAUGCUGGAAGACAUGAAUUUGUCUGAUGAGCUGAAACAGCCUCUAAAGAAUAAAAGCAGGGAGCAGAAGAUAGCCAUGUUGUCCAUGCAUUACAAAGGCAGUAUACAGACAAAGAAGGGCAGCUCAUACAAUGCCAAGGAGUUCUGUAUAGAGCUGAACAGCCCAGAGUUACGAGGGGAACGGCGGUUGCAGAUCCUCGAGUCGCUACGGGUGUCGUUGAAAAAUAAUCCAGUCAGUUGGGUCCAAGAGUUUGGGAAAACUGGUCUUGCAUCUUUAUUGAAAAAUUUAUCACAAUGUGCAGACAACAAACAAGAGAGAAAAAGUUUACAUGAGUGUAUAAAAUGUUUAACAGCUUUUAUGAAUAAUAAGUAUGGCUUAACCCAAGUCUUGAAAAAUGAACAGGUAUUGGUGCUUCUGGCUCGCUGUAUCGACAGCGAGGAUGCGGGGACCACGAUCGACACACUCAAUCUUUUGGCUAUUGUAUCACUGGUGCCCCCCGAUGGACAUUGUAAAGUUUUAGAAGGUCUGACGGCCUGUGCAGAGUUCCGGACGCACCAUCGGUUCCAGCCCAUUGUGAAUGCAUUGGCAAACCAACAAGUCAGAUGUGCCUGUCUCCAGUUGAUCAAUGCCAUAGUGACGACGCCGGAAGAUCUUGACUUCAAGAUGCAUCUCAGAAACGAAUUCAUGAGGGCUGGAAUGCGGGACCAUAUGGAGGCGUUAGAAGAAGACAAAACAGAAGAACUUGUGUUACAAAUGUCAGUAUUCAAGGAUCAUCUAGAGUUAGACUUCGAUGAGUAUUCACAUCGAUAUGAAAACUUCAGGAACGAGUUAGAUGACCCGUUAGAGUGCUUCCACUUAGUCCAGAAUACCGUAAUGAACACAGACGCUGAGAUGUUCUUCCUUUCUAUAUUACAACACUUACUUGCCAUUAGAGAUGACGCCGAUGUGAGACCUCAGUACUACAAACUCAUUGAGGAAUGUGUCACGCAAAUAGUCCUACAUAAAAACGGGAUAGACCCCGAUUUUAGUUACACCAGACGUUUCUGUAUAGACGUCGACCCGCUCAUAGGAACACUGUCCGAACACUCUGCUGAGGAGCGUUCUAUCAAGGCCAGUGUGGAGAUGGAGGACCAACUGGAAAAGUCUGUGACAGCAAAACAGGAGGCUGAAGCAAAAGUUGCAGGUUUAGAAGAAAAAGUCAAGGCAUAUGAAGUGGAAAUCGAUCAGUUGAAAACAAAGAUAAAAGAUGGCGUUGGUGCUGUAGUAUCAAGUGCAUUAGUGAAACAACAAGGUGGUGGUGGCCCACCCCCACCACCAGCCCCACCGCCACCUGGCGGUGGUCCCCCUCCACCUCCUCCACCUCCACCACCCUUCCCAGGAGGUGGCCCACCUCCACCGCCUCCACCACCUUUCCCAGGGGGUGGCCCACCUCCACCGCCUCCACCACCUUUCCCAGGCGGUGGCCCUCCUCCGCCACCGCCGUUCCCAGGUGGUCCCCGUCCUCCAGGCCCACCACCACCACCAGGGAUGAAGUCACCAUUCCCAGGAACACCAGGCUUUGGAUCACCAUCUCCUGCUAAACUUCCCUAUGGCAUGGAGCCCAAGAUGUCAUUCAAGACAGCAGUUCCUUUAAAGAGGGCAAACUGGAAUAAGAUCAAUGUCAAGACACUAGAAAAAGACUCAUUCUGGGUGAAAGUUAAGGAACAGGAGUUGAGUAGUGAGGAUAUAUUGAGUGGGUUGACGGAGCAGUUUGCGACAAAGGUCAUCAAAACUGCGGAAGGGGAUGAGCCUCAAGAAAGAAAAGAGAAGGCGACAGACGACACGGACAGCGCUGCAAAACCAAUAAAGAAAGCUAAGCAACUCAGAGUGUUAGAUGGCAAGUCUGGACAGAAUCUUUCUAUCCUGCUUGGAUCAGUCAAAGUGCCAUAUAAGGAAAUCAAACGGCGGAUUAUCGACAUGGAUGAGGAUAAUCUGUCAGAGGAGUUGAUAGAGCAGCUCAUCAAGUAUAUGCCGUCUCAAGAACAGAUGACGACGUUGCAAGGUUUUAAAAACGAAUAUGAUGAUCUUGCUGAUCCGGAACAGUUUGUCGUCGAGAUGACAGAGAUAAAGGGCAUAACGCCAAGAUUGAAUGAUAUGGCGUUCAAGAUGGGAUUCGCCGAAAUUGUAUCAGAAGUCAAACCAGACAUCGUGGCGGGAACUCAAGCGCUGGAAGAAGUGAAACAAAGCGGACGGUUUUCGAAGAUUUUAGAACUUAUAUUGUUAUUUGGGAAUUAUAUGAACUCGGGGACAAGGAAUGCGCAGUCCGUGGGAUUUGAGUUGAGCUUUAUCACAAAGUUAUCCAAUACGAAAGCAGCAGACAACCAAACGACCCUCCUUCAUUAUCUUGUGGCGACCGUUGAGAAGAGAUUCCCCGACGCCCUCAAGUUUCCUGACGACCUCACUCAUUUAGACAAGGCAGCCAGAAUAUCUGAAGAGACAUUAAAGAAGAAUAUGACAAAGAUUAAUAAAAGCUUAGACAACCUUGAUAAACGGUUGAAAACCUACAAGUCCAUAUCUGCGGAUGACAAAUUCAAACCUGUGAUGUCAGAAUUUAUCAACAUUGCCAAAGACCAGCACACUGUCCUCUCCGAGAUGCACAAGAAAAUGGAAAAGUUGUUCAAUGACAUAUCUGUCUUUUAUGCCUUCAACCCGCAGAAGUACACCAUAGAGGAAUUAUUUUCAGACUUGAAAAACUUCAAAGAUCAGUUCUUGGCCGCAUACAAGGAGAACGUGAAGAAGAGGGAAACAGAGGAGAAGGUAGCCCGGGCGAAGGAGGCUAAACGUCUGGCUGAUCUUGAGAAGGAAAAGAAGAGGGCAAGGAGGAAUCAAUUAGUCGAUAUGGAAGGAGAGGGUGACCAAGAGGGCGUCAUGGACAACUUGUUAGAGGCCUUGAAGUCUGGCUCAGCUUUUAGUGUGAAUCGAGAAAAACGGCCUGGACAACAACGACGGACGCCGAGGGCAGCAGGAGCUGAUAGGAUUGCACGCUUAAAGGAGCGGAGAGGCGGGCCCAGCUCGCAAGGUCAAGAUCGCGACAGGACGUAUUCAAGGGAACCCCAGAAGUUGUCCGCGAGAUAAACUUUGACGAUGCGGCUGAGAGCCCAGUUUCGAAAUCCAGACAACAAGCAGCUGAGCCAAAGAUGAGUUCUGCUAAGGACUUGGCAGAUUUCCUCUUGGAAACGAGAGAGUAUCGAAAAUAGAAUUGUGUUCAAGCAAGUAUAGAAGCAGCAUGGUUUGUGGCGGGGUUUUGACUAAAAUGUGGAUUUGUGAUUGGUCGUGGUGGUGGUGUAUAGUGUAGCGAAAUCCGAUCUUGCCUGUACAGUUGAGAGGUGUGAUGGUGAGGUUUGCUCAAACCCUUGCCAUUCAGCUCAGUGAUAAAGGUAAGAUGGAGAGUACAUGUACAUGUAGUUGCUUGCCCGGUACUGUAGACCCCAUUUCUGCAUUAGAAACUGUGUUGGCAGCUGUGGUUAUAGAUUCCAGAGGUAAAUUUACCUUUCAUUUAUGGAGUAAUUUGAACUAAAAUGUCUCCGAACAUUAUAAAACCUUUUUUUGGAGGAAAAUUCGCUCCUUAUUUUAAGCAAUUCCAAACAAUUAUGAUAUCAGCAUUAUGAACUUAAUCAAAAUAGAAUGCUUGUAGAUAUCAUGGGGUUAACAGUACCUUUAGAUCACUUCAUUAUCCUCUCCUAUUAGCUGCAGAAAAUCUGGGUGAUUCGACCAAAAACAGAUUGAUUUAUUGCACUGUCAGGCACCACAGUUUCCUUGCCUGAUGUGCUGAGAAAGAAUAUUCAGACGAACCUCCCUGAACCUCUCUAUUAGUAUUAAGACACUAGUUCUGUUCCCAGAUUGGUUCUUUCAAUUCAAGCUGACCUCUCUAAUCAGGACACCACUCUAUUAUGGAAAGCACUUGUAUUAGUCCCGAGGGUGUCCUUAAUAGAGAGGUUCUACUGUACAUGAUUUUAUACUACACCUGUAUAGCAACACGACUGCAUCUUUGAUCACUCUGCUCUAGUUUUGACACCGAGCUGCCUCAUCUCACCGCUCACCAAUGAAUAUGUAUAUACUGCCGCUUGCAUUUGCUUUACACAAUUCUGUCUUUUCUCUUCAUCUUUGAAACUGUGUGCACGGUGUGUCAAAAAAUGUUAAAGGCUAACACCGUUCGUUAAAAAUUUGAAAUGUAUAGUUGACUCUGGAAACUUUCCAUUGCGUAAAUAUGUACUUGAAUAUACAUUUCCGUAAAUAUGUACUUGAAUAUACAUUUGGUAGUGUGAAUACCAAUUUCAGCAAAUUUGCAUGCAUGAUACUUCCACUACAGCAUUGUGUAUAAAUGCAUUUCUAUUUUCCUGCCCCACCGGUAAAUACGAAUGGGGUUCCACUUUAUGAAGUCAUUGUAAAGAAACCGUUAUUGGUUGGAUAUUUUGUUGACUUUUUAUUUUCCGAGGGCUAAGAUGCCGAUUGAUGGGUGUGUUAAUGUACCGUAGUAAGUUCGUGCAUCGCCUAAAACCAGUUAAAACAUGUAUUUCUUUCUGUGAAAAGUAUUUUUACUGUUACAUGUAAAUGUAUCUUUGUAUUUUGUAAAAAUCGUUUGUACUGCAAUCCAAGAAGAAGUUCGCACUGUUCAUGUUUUUUUGAGUGUGUUGGGAUUAGAUUGGGAGGAAAUUUUAAGGAAUUAAAGAAUCUUUGUGGGAGCCUGUUCAGGGUAAUAUGCAUGGUAAAUAUUUGUGUUCUUAAAAUAGUAGUCCCUGUGGCUGACCAUGGAAAUAUGGAUAAGUAUGGAUAACUUAUGCUGUUUAGUGUAAAUGUCUUUUUACAAGUAAAAAAACCUUUUGUACUUCAAGUAAACAAAUUUUGUAUAGCUAGCUUAUUACGUGACAGGUUUUAUAAUCCAUCCAUACUGAUCCUGUUGUUACCUGCUACUGUGAAACUGCUUGUACUGUUUUCUAUAAGUAAACUUUCCUUGAUGUGCAUAUCUGAUAGGAGACUACCAUCCAUUAAGUAGAGCCUACUAUUGGUCAAUUCUAACCAUAAAACCUGAAAUUAGCAUUAUGGGCCAUAUCAAUCUUAUUGUUUAUGGUGCAAUGCAUGCCAUUUAUAUGUAGUCUUCAAGUUUCAAAAUUUGUACAGCAAGGGUGAAAUGUAACUCAAUAAGUCAUGAGAAAUGUUGGCUGUUGUGUUGUGACAUUGUUGUGACGCUAUGAUGGCCUUUGAUGGACCCGUCCCGUCUUCUGUGAAACCUUGAACACGUCUUCCUGUAACUCUGUCCUCUGUCCGAGUUGUUACCCUUGUUCAAAACCGGAUGUGAUCACCUCAAGACCUUGUAUUAUAUAAAAUGUUCAUGUCAUAUCCGUAACUGUUUUAAAUGUUUGUGUACAAACAACUAUCUCAGGUAAUAUCAAAUAUCAUUGAAACCAAAUUCUAUUUUCCAAAACUUCCAGAAAAACCAAGAAAUGUUGAAUGUUAUUUUAUUAAAUGAGACUGAUUCAUUUUUGGCCUGGUUACCUAUGUGUACUCUCAGGUAUCUGUUGUGUCUAUGCUGUACAAAUAUCAAUGUCUAUGUGUACAGUGGUAAAAUGCACUGCGCAUGCACUGUGAGGUAUUUGUUGUGUCAAAAAUACAUGUGUCAUUAUAUGCACAGUGGUGGAUUUGGGGUGGGUGCUCCUGAGGCAUGAGGGUUCACUCUAUUGUAAAGGCAAAGAUUUUUCUGGCCAUCUCUCCAUAACAAGCAAAGAACUACUUCUAAUUUUAGCUCUCAGAUGCCUGAACACACAUUUGUGGCUGCCAAAUUUCUCCAUUUUUGCUUGGGGAGACCCCAGACCCUCCUCAAUUCCGACAUCCCAUUUUUGCUCCUCUCAGGCUGGAGUGGUGCCCGCCCUUUCCCAGAUUUUUCAAUCCGCCACUGGUGUAACCAGACAAUUUGGGAAUUGAUUUGAUUAAGUAUCUUUCAUUCAUUGUCAUGAAUGAUCAGUGAGUCUAUUCAUCUAUGAUACAUGUAGCUGUGAUAAAAUGGGCCAAGGUACUGUUUUUCCCAGCAUUUAGAUUCGAACUCCCACCAAAAGUUGUGUCUAUCUACAUCAACAAUUAUGAAAUACACCCUGAGAAGUUGAGAGAACAUGAGGGUAAUUAUCAAAAAUAUGUCAGCGAACCUUAUAUUUAUAUGUUUUUGGUAAUAAUAAAGUUAACAUGCCAGUUGGGCCUCUUAUAUUGUGCCCCGUCGGUCAUUGGUGACAUUUUGACAUUUGUCCCAAACCAUAGGAUCAGUGUACGUUUACAUUUAUAUAAAAAAACAUCAUCAAUAUACCUUAAUUCACAUUGUUGUGUUCAAAAAUAACCACAAUUAAUCCAGCCUGUAGUUCAAAAGAUACAGUUUCUCGUAGUAUUUUGAUUAGAACUCCCCUCCGAAAGUUGUUGUAAUCUACAGGGUGGCCCAGAAUUAUUUUCCUUUGGACAAUAGAAUUAUAUUGGGAUUCCAUUGUGUGAGGGAUAAUAAUUCUGGACCACCCUGUACAUUGAUACUUAUGCAAUACACCCUGAGAAAUUAAGGGUAAUUAUCAAAUAUAUAUAAGUGAGUCUUAUAUAUUUUUGUAAUAUGACUAAAACACUGAUAGGGUUACACUUUUAUUUUCAGUCAUUGGUGGUAAUUUAUCAGUUGUUCCCUGAACUUUGGGAAAAAUGUGCAUGUAUAUAAAAAACCUAAUGUAUGGGGCUGAGGACCUCCUUAAUGAUUUAGACAAUAUACAGGUUGUCCCGGAGUCCAUUCCCAUAAAUUUCAUGGGUUCCAAGCAAAAUAUAAUUGGUCAAUACCAUUCAUAAGUGGGUUACUUGCUGUAAAUUAAUCACUAAAUCAGGUUGUUAUCUUGUCAAUAGCUAUUUUUCUGCCUUGGCAUCCACCAAAACAAUUAGUUUAUAUCUUGGUUAAGUUUAAUACCCAAGGAUAAUUAAAAGCAAUGGUCAGUUUCCAUAUUUUCUGACACACACAGUAUAUUACUGUUGACACUGCUAAAAGUAGAGCAGAAUGCUAAUGUUGCCUUUGCUUAUUCCUUUGACAUGGGACUAUUUUUAUGUAACAUUAAAGGUGCAUAUAGUCGUGUUAGUUUAAUACAAUGUAAAUAUAAAGAUGAGGACCAAUAAAUGGAUGACAUUUCAUUAAGAA